AAGGUGACGCCUCCUGGUUUCCAUAGUAAUAGCGGCUCUCCCUCAUGCGCCGCUGCUGUCCGGUUCUGUUUGUAAACAGCUCCGGAGACCCUCCGCCCCCGUCCGCCUCCACGUGCUCCCUCCCACCUGAGCCACCCCCAUCCAAGAUGGCGGCGGGUGGGAGCGGCGGCCUGUCGUUCCCCGGGGUGGUGGGUAACAGCGCCCCCAGCAACCGCAGCGGGUCCUCGGCCUCUUCGUAUAACUACAGCGGAGGGGCUGCGGCCUCCUCCCCUGGCAACCAGGCGGCUGUCUCUUCGUCCGGAGCCUCCCCUCCUGCAGCUCCUCCCCCGCCUCCCUCCUCCGCCGCCGCCGGCCUCCUUCACCGGGAACCCGUGUACAACUGGCAGGCCACCAAGACCACGGUGCGGGAGAGGUUCACCUUUCUCUUCAACAACGAGGUGCUCAGCGACGUGCACUUCCUGGUGGGGAAAGGUCUCGGCAGCCAGCGCAUCCCUGCACACAGGUUUGUCUUGGCAGUUGGGAGUGCAGUGUUCGAUGCUAUGUUUAAUGGUGGCAUGGCUACAACAUCCACUGAAAUUGAACUACCAGAUGUUGAACCAGCUGCUUUCCUUGCUCUGCUGAAGUUUCUGUAUUCUGAUGAAGUGCAGAUUGGUCCAGAGACUGUCAUGACUACGCUGUACACAGCCAAGAAAUAUGCAGUGCCUGCUUUAGAAGCACAUUGUGUGGAGUUCCUGAAGAAGAAUCUCCGCGCUGAUAAUGCUUUUAUGUUGCUCACUCAGGCUCGAUUGUUUGAUGAACCUCAGCUUGCCAGCCUUUGCCUGGAAAACAUAGACAAGAACACCUCGGAUGCCCUAAAUGCUGAAGGUUUCACUGAUAUUGAUUUAGACACACUGGUUGCAGUGCUAGAAAGGGAUACGCUGGGGAUACGUGAGAUCCGGCUCUUUAACGCAGUGGUACGCUGGUCGGAGGCAGAGUGCCAGAGGCAGCAGCAGCCAGUCACAUCGGAAAACAAACGCAAAGCUCUUGGCAAGGCCUUGUCUCUCAUCCGUUUUCCACUUAUGACCAUUGAAGAGUUUGCUGCAGGCCCAGCUCAAUCUGGUAUUCUUACUGAUAGAGAGGUGGUCAGUCUUUUCUUGCACUUCACAGUGAACCCAAAGCCUCGUGUGGAGUUCAUCGACAGGCCACGGUGUUGCUUGAGAGGGAAAGAGUGCAACAUUAACCGCUUUCAACAGGUAGAAAGCCGUUGGGGCUACAGCGGCACAAGUGACCGAAUAAGGUUUUCAGUUAAUCGAAGAAUAUUUGUGGUGGGUUUUGCUCUCUAUGGAUCAAUACACGGACCCACAGAUUAUCAAGUAAACAUACAGAUUAUACACACCGACAGCAAUACAGUACUUGGUCAGAACGAUACUGGCUUCAGCUGUGAUGGGUCCUCAAGCACCUUUAGAGUCAUGUUUAAGGAACCAGUAGAAAUAUUACCUAAUGUGAACUACACAGCUUGUGCCACACUGAAGGGCCCGGAUUCUCACUAUGGUACAAAAGGACUGCGCAAAGUCAUCCAUGAGUCUCCUACCACUGGUGCCAAGACAUGCUUUACAUUCUGCUAUGCAGCUGGGAACAACAAUGGAACAUCUGUUGAGGAUGGACAGAUCCCAGAAAUUAUCUUUUAUACGUAAGGUUGGAAAAACUCCCCCUCAGAAUAUCAGGUCAAGCUUCCUCACUGUUGGAUGCACCACAAGUGCUAGGCUUGGAUGCUUUGGCUGGCCAAUAUGUGUGUCUGGAAAAUGGCACCUAUUCUAGUGGGAACAGGGUAAGGAGGCAAUAAGACGUUAGUACAGUUUAUCUUUAGUGCCACCCACCAUCCAUGUGCCACAUGGCUAGGCAUCUCCUUUUGGGUAUGUCUAAGUAAACAUUGCUACCACUGCUUCUUACUUUUCUCUGCCAGAGACUUAGAAUGCCAAAUCGAUACACCAGCUGUGGCAUAUCAUUGAGCAGUGGUUUACAUUAGAAACACUGUGCUGCUGGCACCAUACUCUUGGAUGUUAUGUUGAUGUUACAGGCAGUGAAAUAGUUUACGUCGGGAAACUGCUUCUUCUCAGUGGCGUUGAUGGUUACUGUAUCCGCACUUUUUACUCUUAGUGUGGGUAGGAUGUCCUUGAAUUGAACAUGAUAUAUAUGGAAAGAUGGCUGAUGCUGGAAUAAUCUAGCACAGUAGACAUUUUUGCCACAAUCUCUAAUCACACCUCUGGCAUUGAAUUGGUAAAUGAGCUGUGGAUUAAAGUUAUCAGUAUCCUUAAACAGAUCUAUAUUUCUCUUUUCAUUUUGUCUGUGACAUUUCAGCUCCUGGUAAAUUAGCACUUUGAUCUUGGUGUAUUAUCCACACUAGGAGAGCUUCUGCCUUCUACCAUGCCCAUGGUGCAGUGAUUUUCAAAUGCUCCUUUUUAUAAGGUGAAGGGAUGGAAACCACAGGGCACAAUAUUCACUUACAAAAUGUGAAAUUGAUAAUAUCAAAAAAAUGUAUAGAAUGUAUUAAAGUUUUAUAGCACUUAGAUAUGCAGUCCCUUAUAAGAUAAUGGCUCAGUUAUUAUGAUGUUACAGGCAUUAUUAUGAGGGCUAAAUGUUAUCCUUUAACCAGCCUGCCGAUUAAAAUUCCAUUGAACAAUGUAAGUAUCCAAAUAGAUCAAGAGCAGAAAUGAUGCUCCUACCUUAACAGGUUCAUUGUAUUUGUAUUGAUUGUAAAUGUAGUGGCUGCUUGCUUUUCCCCCUGCUGUUGCUUCAGCAUUGUUAAAACAGGCCCAAAUAGUGUGUCUAUAAACUUGAAUGUACUGAAAGGUCUCUAUAAAUGACCAUUUGUCACAGUCUCAAUUCAGCCAGCUUCUUUUUCUGUAAAUAGAAAAUUAAUAAAGAUGUGCAACAAA